AUGGACUACAGCAAGAAGGAAACAGACAUGGCUUACACCGACGCAAAGGAAGAGCCGUCGCCACUGAACCUCAAACUCGUUGCCACUACGUCGAGUGGAAAUGAAAGGGCCGGGCAGGUCUUCGACAAUGAAUCUCAGUUACAACGACGUCUUGGAAAUCGACAACUUCAGCUUAUUGCCAUUGGAGGUUCAAUCGGCACAGGCUUGUUUGUUACCAUCGGUAGCGGCCUGGCCAGAGCUGGGCCGGGAAGCCUGUUUCUCGGUGUCAUUGUCUACUGCUGUCUCAUCGGCCUCGUAAACAGCUGCAUGGCCGAGAUGGCUACUCUUAUGCCUGUCAGUGGCGGAUUCAUUCGAAUGGCUAGUCAAUGGGUAGACGACGCUCUUGGCUUCAUGGUCGGCUGGAACUUCUUCUUCUAUGAAGCCCUGAUCAUACCAUUCGAAAUCACGGCGUUGACGACCGUCCUUUCUUUCUGGAGCGACAACAUACCUGCCGGUGCCGUCUGCGCUGCCUGCAUCGUUCUCUAUGGCAUUCUGAAUGUCCUUGCCGUCGGGGCUUACGGAGAAUCUGAAUUCUGGCUAUCGAGCGGCAAAGUCAUCCUGGUCUUCCUUCUGUUUGGCUUCACCUUCUUCACCAUGGUUGGUGUGAACCCUCAACACGACGCAUAUGGAUUCCGGAACUGGACUAUCGCAACGUUCGCGGAACACCACAGCACAGGAGCUAUAGGACGUCUCGAAGGAUUCCUUGCUGCGCUCUGGUCCGCUUCGUUCUUCGUCGUUGGCCCGGAGUACCUGGCCAUGGCCGCGGCUGAAGCAAAACGACCGCGGACAUAUGUCAAGCAGGCCUUCAAGACAGCCUUCUGGCGAUUCGCCAUCUUCUUCAUUGGAGGGGCCUUCUGUGUCAGCACCAUUAUCCCCAAAAACGAUCCAACGCUCACAACUUUCCUGGGAGGCGCCGAGGGCAGUGGUACUGCGGCAGCAUCACCCUACGUUAUCGCAAUGAAAAACCUUGGAAUCGGCGUCUUGCCUCACAUCGUGAACGCAUUACUUGUUACUAGCAUUUUCUCAGCCGGAAACACUUACACUUACUGCGCGAUCCGAAGUUUAUAUGGCCUAGCCCUGUCAGGUAAAGCACCGGCAUUCCUUAAGAAGUGCACGAAAAACGGAGUACCUAUAUAUUGCUUUGGCAUAACUAUGAUCUUCCCUAUGCUCUCAUUCCUUCAGCUUUCGAAUGGCUCCAACACCGUUUUGCGGUGGCUGGUUAACCUCGUCACUGCCGGUUGCGUUAUCGAUUACAUAGUCAUGUGUAUUACAUUCCUGUUCUUCUAUCGCGCUUGCAAGGUCCAAUGUAUCGACAGAAGGACCCUGCCUUACUAUGGCUAUUUCCAGCCGUACGUCGCUUGGGUAGGACUGGCUGGCACCGUCUUCGUGGUUCUGUUCUACGGAUAUUCCAGCUUCACCCCUUGGGAUGUUUCUACCUUCUUCACAUAUUACGCCAUGGUCAUCGUUGGCAUCAUCACUUAUUCGUUCUGGAAGAUUUCAAAGAGAACAAAGGUUGUACCUGCUGCCGAGGCUGACCUUGUUUGGGAGAGACCGAGCAUCGAUGCUUAUGAGGCAGCCUUAGAUGAGCCUGUGACGGGCUUCUGGACCGAGAUGUUGCAGAUGAUUGGAUUUCGCAAGCAUUGGGGGAAAAAAUCAGUCGUCUGA